CCUCCGAUGUCCCUCCGCUCACGUGACCUUUUGUCAGCCAAGUGUUUUUGGCUUGUGGGCCUGGAAAAGGCGCCGUCGGCUUCACGGGUUUAAACCUAUUUUGAGGAGGACUUGUUUUCCUCACAGCGCAGGCUCCCGGAAGGCCCCGAGGGGGCUGAGUACGCGCCCCACCUGGCGGAGCCCGCCGAGUCCGCGACACCUCGCUCUGCGCGGGGGCUUGGACCUGCCGACCGGCUCCCCGGCUGAUGCGGAUGGGCGGAUGGUUUGGGAGCGCCCCGGAGCCUCCAAUCUCUUCAUUUUCCCGCGGAUGGCCCGCGUCCGUGUCCCCCGGGACGCCGAGCCUCGCUGACCACUCGGUCCGCGUCCUCCGAGGAGUCCCGCCCGGGCGGUGGGGGGCUUGGCCCUGGCCCGCCUCGCUCCCGGGUUUGAAUCACCCCAAGACUCGCCAGCUGUAGGACUCUGACACAUUGGCCGGCCGCGCGGUGCCUCAGUUUCCCCUCCUGAUGACAGCCUGACGCGUAGUAUGCGAGGAGCAGCGCUGCGAGGAGGAAGUCUUCCCCCUGGCCAUGAACUACCUGGAUCGCUACCUGUCCUGCGUCCCUACCCGAAAGGCCCAGUUGCAGCUCCUGGGGUCAGUCUGCCUGUUGCUGGCCUCCAAGCUGCGGGAGACCACGCCCCUGACCAUCGAGAAACUGUGCCUCUACACCGACCAAGCUGUGGCUGCCUGGCAGUUGCGGGAAUGGGAGGUGCUGGUCCUGGGGAAGCUCAAGUGGGACCUGGCGGCUGUGAUCGCACAUGAUUUCCUGGCCCUGAUUCUGCACCGACUCUCUCUGCCCACUGACCGACAGGCCUUGGUCAAAAAGCAUGCCCAGACUUUUUUGGCCCUGUGCGCUACCGAUUACACCUUCGCCAUGUACCCACCCUCCAUGAUCGCAACGGGCAGCAUCGGGGCGGCAGUGCAAGGCCUGGGCGCCUGCUCCAUGUCCGGGGAUGAGCUCACUGAGCUGCUGGCCGGCAUUACAGGCACUGAAGUGGACUGCCUGCGGGCCUGCCAGGAGCAGAUUGAAGCUGCGCUUAGGGAGAGCCUCAGGGAAGCUGCCCAGCCCACCCCCAGCCCAGCACCCAAAGCCCCCCGGGGCUCCAGCAGCCAGGGGCCCAGCCAGACCAGCACGCCCACAGAUGUCACCGCCAUCCACCUGUAGCCCAGGACAGGCCCCCUCGAGUGGCCACAAGCAGAGGAGGGGCCGCUGCCAUCCCCUCCCUGCUUCUAGAACAAUCCACGCCACAUCUGAAGCUAGAGGGGGCUCCUCCUCCCCCCUCACAAACCCCAAGGGGCCAGGCCCUCUGCCUAUCCCCGCAGUGCACUAAGGGGCCUGGGUGGCCAUGUUGCCUGCUUGGCCAGCCAGCCCCUCUUCUUCCCACCCCCCCGACCAGCUCAGCUCUUGCCUUGACUAAAUGCAGCUGGGCCUUGGCUGGUCAGACGAAUUUGAACAGGUAAAAUCCAUGCACCAGCAUUCCCUUUUGAGGCUCCCCCUGCCCCAUCCCUGCCCUUUUGGGGUUCUCAUGUUCUUAACUGCCAAAAUGCCCCAGUGCCUUCUGAAGGUGUUGCCCCUUCUAGGGUUAUUGCAUUUGGAUUGGGGUCCUUCAAGCAUCCUGAUUGACAUGAGGGGGAAUGUAGCUGAGAUGGCUUCCCUCAGCGAUUUGGAGGCCCCUUAUAUAAUCCAUGCUCCCAGCUGCUCCUAGAGGGAAGGGCGGAGGCCUUGGUCAGAGGGUUAAGAACCAACAAACAGAUCCCUCUUUGCUUUGCUUUCCGCUCAGCUUGUGAUUGAGGGUUUGGUGCUGAAGGAUGAGGUCAUUUUAAUUUAUUAACUGCAUUGAAUACAACUAUAAGGGUACAGUGGGGCCUGUACCCCCUAAGUGGUAGUAACCCUGGUGGUUGCUGAUUCCCUUCCUUCUGCUACCAGCUAGAGGAUCACUGACCCAGGAGCUGCUACAGCCUGGGGUGGGGCCAUGCCCCCCUCUCCCUCUGGCCCUCUGCCCCAGCCUCCAGUGGGAGGAUGUGGGGGACCCUGGAGGUGACCGAGCUCCCGUCUGGAGAGGGAGGCAAGCCCCAUCGACACAGGUCUUUCCUAAGGUCACAAGGUUCCGGCUGGUGGCCCAGGACCAUCAUGCUGCCUUAAUAAAAAUUCUGGAAUAAAACUGGCUCUGGCUUCUG